CUGCCUCGACACCGAAGAAGAAAAAACCCGGAAAUGAACACCCUCGCAGUUCACUGCAGUACUAACAAACAAAAUCGGCUACGUUGAAGGAGAGAAACGUACUUUUCUUAAGUUAUUAGUAUUAUGGCUGGAACUGCCUCGGUUGCCGGUGAAGUGUUUGUUGAUGCAUUACCGUAUUUCGACCAAGGUUACGAUGCGACCGGUGUUCGAGAAGCGGCUUUAGCAUUAGUGGAGGAGGAAACCAGAAGAUACAGACCAACCAAAAACUACCUGAGCUACCUGACAACGCCUGACUUCUCCACUUUCGAGACCGAGAUCAUGAAGAAUGAAUUUGAGCGGCUGUCUUCUCGGCAGCCCAUGGACCUUCUGAGCAUGAAGAGGUAUGAGCUGCCAGCGCCUUCUUCGGGUCAGAAGAAUGACAUAACCGCUUGGCAGGAGUGCGUCAACAAUUCCAUGGCCCAGCUGGAGCACCAGGCGGUUCGCAUCGAGAAUUUGGAGCUCAUGUCGCAGUACGGAACCAACGCGUGGAAAGUCUACAACGAUAACCUGGCCUUCAUGAUCGAGACGGCUCAAAAGGAACUUCAAAAGUUCAGGAAGCAGAUUCAAGACUUGAAUUGGCAGCGUAAAAACGACCAAUUAGCCGGAGGAGCCAAACUACGAGAGCUGGAGUCCAACUGGGUGGCCCUGGUGAGCAAGAACUACGAGAUUGAGCGAGCCAUCGUCCAGCUGGAGAACGAGAUAGCCCAGCUGAAGCAACAGCAGGGGGACGAGAACAAGGAGAACAUCAGGCAGGACUUUUGAGAACAUCAGAGCAGGUGAAGUGCAUGGUUUGACUCCAUGGUCCACAGGAAGAGACGAACUGAACGCUGUCAAAUCACCAUCUUUUUUAUGGCAUUUUAAUAAAGUCAAACAUUAUUUCUUUAAA